CAGAAGUGGAGGGCCAUAGAGACAGAGAAAGAGAAAUCCAUUGAGUGUGAGAGGGAGAGACUUAAGGAAGAGACUCUGGGAGCCUGUGAGAAAAGGAUUUGGAUAGAAACAGAAAGAUUGGGAGAGAAAGUGAUAGGGGUGUGUGAGAGGGAGGGAGAGAGGAAAUGAGUGAGGGAGAGACUGGAAGAGACAGAGAUUAGCAAGGGAGAGAGACAGAGGGUGAGACCGGAGUCUGAAAGACAGGGAGCGCUUGAGAGAGAGACCAUCAGGGGCAGACAACGACUGUGUGAGGGCGCAGCUGAGUGAGACCGAGGCCUAUGAGAGGCAGCACCUGACAGACCAAGGAGGGAGGCUGUGGCUGGGUGCCCCAGCACGCAUACCGCCCUCUUGCCCCCUGUCCUUGGAACCCCAGAGCCGCCUCCUCCGACCUGCGAGAGACCGUGACCUCGUCUCUGUCCCCAGCUGGGUCAGCUACAGAGACACACACACACAGUCCCUUUCUUUCUCUCCCCAAGCCCUUGAUGGAGGAGGGCAGGCCUCGGAGCAGCCUCAGCCUGGCCAGCAGCGCCUCUACCAUCUCCUCCCUCAGCAGCUUAAGCACGAAGAAGUCCGCCCGGGCAGUGAGCAAGGUGCAUGCCUUUGGGAAGAGAGGCAAUGCGCUCCGACGGGACCCCAACCUCCCGGUGCACAUCAGAGGCUGGCUGCACAAGCAGGACAGUUCCGGGCUCCGGCUCUGGAAACGCCGCUGGUUCGUCCUCUCUGGCCAUUGCCUCUUCUAUUACAAAGACAGCCGUGAGGAGAGCGUGCUGGGCAGCGUUCUGCUCCCCAGCUACAGUAUCAGGCCAGAUGGGCCAGGAGCCCCUCGAGGGCGGCGCUUCACCUUCAUCGCGGAGCACCCGGGCAUGAGGACCUACGUCCUGGCUGCUGACACACUAGAGGACCUGCGGGGCUGGCUGCGAGCGCUGGGCCGGGCUUCCCGAGCCGAGGGAGAUGAUUGUGGGCGACCCAGGUCACCGGCACGUCCGCAGCCUGGGGAGGGCCCUGGCGGCCCCGGUGGUCCCCCGGAGGUGAGAAAAGGGGAAGAGAGGCGCAGUUUAGAAUCACCGGAAGUCGCUCGGCUUUCCAGAGGUCGUGGCAGCCCUGGGCUGCUCACUCCCAGCCCCACGGCCGACCUCCAAUCUGGGCCAGGGAUUCAGAGGACGAGGAGCCCGGACCCGUUCACACCCCUCUCUCGCCCUCCCUCCCCGCUGAGCCUCCCCCGGCCCCGUUCUGCUCCCGCACGCAGACUCCCUGCCUCUUCAGGUGACACUGCACUCCCUGCCAGACCCCAUACCCCACUGAGUCGCAUCGAUGUACGGCCUCCCCUGGAUGGGGGCCCCCAGCGCCACGCCCUGUCCCGGCCCCCCACUCCCCGCCGAGGACCCUCCUCCGAGGCUGGGGGAGGAAGGCCUCCCAGGAGUCCCCAGCACUGGAGUCAUGAGGCAAGAACGCAGGCUCCCUCUGGCUCCUCCACGUACAUCCAGCUCCCCCCAAGGCCUCCUGGGACUCGGGCUUCCAUGGUUUUAUUGCCCGGUCCUCCCCCAGACUCAACUUUCCACCAAAGCUUGGAGACAGAUACUCUGUUGACCAAGCUGUGUGGGCAGGACCGGCUCCUGAAGCGGUUGCAGGAAGAGAUAGACCAGAGGCACGAGGAGAAGGAGCAGCUGGAAGCAGCCCUGGAGCUGACUAGGCAGCAGCUGGGCCAGUCACCUGGGGAGGCUGCUGCUCCCCGGAGGGCCUGGGGGCGCCAGCGCCUCCUGCAGGACCGACUGGUCAGUGUGAGAGCCACUCUUUGUCACCUGAGUCAGGAGCGAGAGCGGGUUUGGGACAUGUACAGCAACCUGGAGCAGGAGCUGGGCACCUUGAGAGAGACCCUUGAGUACCUGCUGCACCUUGGGUCCCCCCAGGAGAGAACAUCUGCUCAGCAGCAGCUGUGGAUGAUGGAAGACACGCUGGCGGGGCUGGGGGGUCCCCAGAAACCACCUCCUGACCCGGAGCCUGACUCCCCAUUGCCCGCACUCCAAGGCGAGGAGUCGUCAGAGAGGGAGAGCCUGCCCGAGUCCUUGGAACUCGGCUCACCCAGGUCCCCAGACGCUGACUGGGGGCAGCCACCUGGGGGCGACAGAGAGCACACCAGUGCUCGCUCAGGGCCUGGGUCUCCAAGGAUCUCCCAGGCUUCCAGCCCUGAGGGCCACCCUGCUUCCCCACAGCCAGGAACCAAGGGCCCCCUGGCCCGGCCCCGGAUGAGUGCUCAGGAGCAGCUGGAAAGGAUGCGGAGAAACCAGGAGUGCGGACGGCCGCUCCCUCGCCCAGCUUCUCCCCGGCUCCUCACUCUGGGGAGGACACUGUCCCCAGCCAGGCACCAGCCCGACGUGGACCAAAGGCCUGUCCUAGGACACUCAGGAACACAGAAAUGGCUCAGAAGCUCUGGCUCCUGGAGCAGUCCGAGGAACAAUUCCCCUUAUUUACCGACAUCAGAAGGUCAUCGGGAGCGUGUCCUCAGCCUCUCUCAAGCUCUGGCCGCUGAGGCCUCUCAGUGGCACAGGAUGAUGACAGGUGGAAAUUCAGACUCUGGAGGAGAACCUCUUCCCCCGGUACCGCCGCCUCCAUCAAACGCCAAGCCCCAGAUGACCUCGCCCCCAAGAUCUCCUCCUGUGGCCAAUUCCCGCUCUACCGGGUCCUCCCGCGGAAGUAGUGGGCGCGGCACAGGCCCCGCCUCCUGGGAGCCCACAUGGGACGCCGGGAGCUCCCCCAUAGCGCAGACCCCAGGCGAGGGGGCUUGGCCUUUGCGAGUCACUCUGCUGCAGUCCAGCUUCUGACCCUCUCCACCGCAGCAGCCAAUUGGAACACGAGGGCGUGGCCUGGAGGCACCGCCCCGAGAUUUGGAGGCUCUCCAGGCCAGGAGGGCGUGAGGCGGUCCUCUCCUGUGGUCUAAAUGGGGAGGGGUUUUUAUGGCCAAAGUUUGUUUUUUCCAGCACUUGUCCAAAUUCGGAUUAAAACUUUGAACUUUUAGUUAAUA